AUGAAACUACGGGAAUAUCAGGCUGAAGUCCUAGACAAGAUCAGGCAGCAUAGGUCCACGGUUGCCUUCAUGCCGACAGGCUCUGGCAAGACGCUCGUGGCUGUGCGGCUACUGCACGAGCGUGUUGAGGUGCAGCGACGGCGCCAGGAAGAGGGCGAGUUAAAGAAGGCUUGCAUUUUCACUGCUCCGAACAAGGUCUUGUGCCACCAACAAGCCAAGUACAUUGAGAAGCAUCUUGGGCACGCGGAUGCCAAGGUCAUUAUCCUCACCGGUGAAAUGAAGGACACGGUCAGCUGGGAGGAGGAGGAAUGGGCUAAGACUCUGCGUGAGUCGUCUGUUCUGGUAUGUGUCCCAGAGGUCCUUCGUCGAGCAUUGGAGUCAGGCUAUGUCAAAGCCGACUCGAUAGACACUAUAAUAUUCGACGAAUGUCAUCAUUGUGUAUCGAAGAACGGCGCGAACAGCGGCCAUGCCUAUUGUCAUCUGGCUCAGCUCGCGAAGGGUGCGGAGAGGUUCGUGGGGUUGACUGCUAGCCCUCUCAACUGCAAACGGGUGGAUGUGGAUGAAAACCUAAAGCAGUUGAGGAAAGUCCUGGCCCUCGGUGGCGAGUGUGAGGUGGUUCGGCCUACAGUGAAUGCGGAGGAGCUGAGCCGGUGGGUGCGCACGCCCGAGCUCGAGUUCAAGUACUUCACCUCUUCCACGUACGCACCAAGCUGUCUUAGAUUUGUCCAGAGAUGUGAUGCUGAUUGUGAUGAAGUCCACAAGUGGAUGUGCAGUGCCUACCAUAGAGUGUCCUGGUUGGAGGAAUUCUAUUCUCUACGGCGGUCUAUGCGGACUCUGGGCCAGGAUGCUGCAGACUUCGGCAUGCCUCCGAUAACGACGCAGCUCAGCAGUCGUGACCUUCCUCUGCAUAUCUUAUCUCGUUACUGUGAGAUGAUGGGUCAAAUGGGGCGGAUCCUCCAUGAGGUAGACGACAUCGAUGCCCACGCGGUCCCGGAGGCAUAUAAUAAGCCCAAGUCCAGCAUCAACAUCGAUAAUUUGCGCCGUCGUGUGAGUCGUCUUGAGGAAUUCUGCAAAGUGAAUACUGAUAUCGAGCUCUUCAACGAGCCCGUAGCCAACGCAGUGCGGACAUCCCUCUUCGAAAUGUGUAUGGCUAUUUGUGUUGGCGCCGACCUCCAGGGCUUCCUACAAGAUCAUGCUCCUACGUACAAAUCCCUGGAAGAUCUCAAACGGUGGAUUCGAGAGGCAUUGGUCCCGAGGCUCCUCGAAGUAGGUGGAGACGCUGACAAGCUGUUCAAAAUGGGGGAAUUGCUAUACGUGGGAGGCGAUAGUGAGCUACCGGACUACAACGCGGCUAUCAUCUUCGUAAACCAACGGCUCUUGGCUCGAGCCAUUGCUGCCUCUCUGGACUGCUUCUACUGCGUUGGUGGUCGCUAUGAGAGCGCCUCUACACAAGCCGAAGCUAUUGAGCGUUUCAAAGAGACGGCCAAGAGAGAUGAUAAGGAUGCAAUACUGAUUGCGACGUCCGUUUGUGACGAAGGUGUUGAUGUUCCGGUCUGUGAUCGUGUCAUCCUAUGGGACAUGCCGCCGAAUGUCCGAUGCUACAUACAGCGUCGUGGACGUGCGCGGUCUCUCGAACCACCGUCGAAGUUCUUCUUGAUGGUCGGUGAUCAAGAGGAGGAGAAGGGUUGUGCCAAAGCAGCUCUUACUGACUUCCAGAACAAGGAGGAGCAGAUGGCUCGACUGGUGGACUUUUGGAUUCAAUGCGGGACCGAUGAUGAUGAGGAGUCUGAAGAUGCUGGAAUCGUCCCAGCAGUUGUGAUCGGCCGAGAUGGGGUCCGCAUCACAUGCCGUCGUGCCAAGGAAGUGCUGUUCACGUUUUGUUCAACCCUGCGUGCCACCGACGAGUUUUUCUCACCAGAGCCAUGGAUCUAUACCGAGUCUGAUGAAGACUCCGGACGGUAUAGGACAGUGGUCGUCUUGCCUUCCUCCGUGAACCCCCCAGCGGCUCGCUGGGCCAUGAGCGAAUGGCAGCCGUCAGAGGCCAAGGCGGUGCGGGAAGCCUGCGCCCGUCAGCUUGUGAAGCUAGAUCGUCUUCCUUGGGUCACGCCACAGUUUCGGAACGGGUACAGAUCAAAACCGAGAGGAUCGGCUGACGAGGACGACGACAACUCUGUUUCACAAGAACUAUUGGAGCAAACCCGUCGAUCCCUCUCGACUCUCCCUAUACUAUCCUCGCCGGUCUUCAAGAAGCCUGUGAAAAGUGUGGGGAGGAUGUUCGCCUACUCCCUCACAGCCAGCUGGGACGGUGACUCUAUCAGUAUGCAGUCACAGCAGCAGGUCCGGUAUGCGAGAUCUCGGCAACAAAUCUCAGCUGUGAACAAGUUGAUGCUGCUGACACCGGGGCCUAUCGACUCUGUCGUUCCCCAUGCGGUUGGCCACAUCCCCUUAUCGGCUACAGGGAUGGGACGGGCCAACACCAGUAUGGGGAAUGUGCUGAUAUCGCUGCGCCCUUCUGAGCAUCACGGCAACCCUUCAGCAGCAAUGGGAGUCGACGCAUCGUUGAUGGGCUCUCUGUGGGGCUUUCACAAAGAGAUAUUUCCUGAAGGUGAAGGAGGGCCGUGUUCCGAUUGGCACGACUGCGAGGAUGAGCGUGACUUCUGGCUGUUGGUUCCGAACGCGGGAGUCGACCGGGCAGGGUUCGAUGAAGUGUUGGAUGCCUUCAAGGAUGACAGGAGACUCCUGGUGGACUUCACCAACACUGUUCGUGAACUCUGCAGAAUGGUCUUCUCAUAUAACCUCCUAGGCCUGCCGCCACUUAAUCCUCGCGUGCUGUGCGAGGUCCUCACGCCGAAGCGGUGUCAAGCACUUGUGGAUUCGGAACGCUAUGAGUAUCUCGGAAACUCCAUUUUGCAGCUAGUGGUGUCCGAGUCGGUGUGGUCGAAACAAUUCUCAGCUGGAGGAGCCUCCCUGGAAGGGAAACUGACCAGCGACAGGCAGAAGAUCAUUUCUCGCAAGCGCAUGUCGCAAAAAGCGGUCGAGGGUGGCAUCCUCAGUUUAAUGCAAAUGCGGAGUCCAGCAGCAGUUGGUGUGGGCGGUGCCGCUACAAAAGACAUUCUUGUGUCCAUCACCAGUGCUGCCCGUAGUUGCAUGCUCGCUCUCAUCGGAGCACUGUGUGACAGUCAUGGUGUUGAUUGUGUUGUGAAAGCAGUCACUAAGUUCAAGUUGGUGGAAAUUGUCCCAGCGUGUGGCCUCCUGCCGCACAGCUCCGCUGGGGAAGGAGCUACUUUGGACGACUGGUUGCUGCCGGAUGACUUCCCGCAACUCGUUCGAGGGAAGCUGAGAGAGCCUACGGUUACGUACGACACUCUGUCGGCUGCUCAGCAAGGCUCGUCUGUGGAUAUAGGCGGUUACGUUUUUGAAAAACAUCCAUGGUUGCUGACCGAGUCCCUCACACAUGCGAGCGUAACUUCAGUCAGUGCCUCUUACUCUAAUGAACGGUUGGAGUGGAUCGGCGAUGCUGUUCUUGGUGCAGUUGUUCUACAGUGGCUAUUUAAGCUUGAGAAGCCUCCGAAGAACAUAGUCGAGGCGUUCACGGCCAACACAUGCAAUGCUCACCUGGCCAAGGUUGCUGUAGAAAGGCUCGGUGUCCCCGACUUGUUCAACGCAUUCUCGGCGCCUCUCUUGCGAGCUGUCAAUCGCUUCGUGAAUGAGCUAUUUUCUGGCCGCGCGGUAGUUCGACGAGGCCCCAAGCCACUGGCGGACUGUGUGGAGGCGAUCAUUGGUGCGGUAUGGCUAGAUGCAGGCGGCUUGGCUGGUGGGGGCUGGGAGGCGGCGACGACUUUCAUUACGAAGAAUGUUGUCGCCGAGCCAGACCAACCCUUGAGUGAUAUCGUCAUUGACCUGACCAGUCCUUUAGCAUGUGCCGAGCCGUCGGUCUCGGUGUCGGAGUCAGCUUCGGCUGAUACCAUCCCUCGGAAAGAUCAGGGUGUAAAACGCCCAGCAGCUUCGACCGAGGAGAGCGGCAGUAAUAAGCGAGAAGCCGUGGAUGCUGUUGACUCAGAGGAGGCUAAAGCUCUGAGGGCACAGUUGACGAGGUUGUCCAAUACUCUGGAUGCCGACGAGCUGAGACUGGUUAUCGAUGGUAUCAAGUCGCGAAUAGCACGUCGUCGAAGUUCUGGUCAGUAG